UAUGGAUAUUUUUUAGUGAGUCACUAUAGUGAAUAAAGUUUAUUUUGACCAACAUUCACUCUCAUGGUUUUUAUAUGCCAUGCAUAUGAUGUUAAGAUGUGCUGCGAUACGGUACAUCAAAUCGGUCGCUAGGCGUUGCAGCUCAUUUACCAACCAGGUGCUGAAGGUCCUAUACUCAAUAAAUGAAUGGAAAUUGCUACCCUUUCAAAUGGUUUCUGGACGUCAUGGUUGUGAAAUGGUAGGCGAGUCAGGUUAUCAACUAAGAAACUUGCCAAACAACCGCUGUAAGCGUAACAUAGAGGUCGAGUGUAAUCCCAAUACCUGUGUCCAUCAAGCUAAGCGUGCCCGGCGUUCUGAUUCAACCUCAUCACAUAAAGAAAACAAUGGCCUAUGCAGAGAACCAAAGAACACGUUUCCAUCUAGAUCUAAAGUACUUCCAUUGAGGAGCAUUCAAUCGAUAAAUACCACUAAUGAAUCUCCAAGCGUCUCAUCAACACUUGUUCGGAGACUUAAGGUUCCUGGGAACCUUAGUGAAACCACUACCCGGUUGACGCGUUCAUGCAGUGUGAAAACAAGUCCAGUUGUCGCCCAAAAGCGUAUCUUGCGAAGCAGCCACCGAUGCAGCAUUCAAACUAUUCCGAAUGCAGUAUUACAGGUUAGGCUGGAACGUUUCUCUUUUCAAUCUUCUUCCGGUACACAGUCUGACGCAUUAGUCGCCUCGUGUAAUGGCAGCUUAACAAAUGGAUCAAAAACAGAAACAAAAGCUUCAAACGAGUUUUUAUCCUCUUGGUUCUCCCCUAGAAGGUUUAGUUCAAGUGAAAAAGAUCAGGCAGCCAAACUGAAGCGACUCAACAGAAGGCGCAUGGAGUUUGAUGUUCAAGAAUUAAGCCAGUCUUUUGACUGCGAUCUUUCUCAUGCAUCUUCCGACUCGUUACUUAAUCAAUCUGUAGUAGGUGAUCCACUUGAAAAAUUACUGCGAUUAUGUGGCCAAACUGAAAUCAAGUCAUUCGAUGAAUAUUUUGACCACACAUUAGUAGAAAGUAUGGUGAAAAUUGGCGAGGGUGUAUAUGGUGAAGUAUUUCAGUCACCAAAAGGCAAUGUAGUCAAGAUCUUUCCUGUGGAUGGAGAAGAUCUUGUUAAUGGUGAAAAGCAAAUGAAGUUUGCAGAAGUUUAUCCUGAAGUGUUCGUAUCGCAGAAGUUAAGCGAGCUUGCAUAUAAGUAUCGGCGUAACCGGUCAGUCAAUUUCGCCCAACUAAAAAGAGCAACUGUUGUUCGAGGAAAACUACCUAAGGCUUUAGUUUCAAGUUGGAGAAAAUAUGAAAGUCAACGGGGUUCAGAUAACGAAUGUCUUGACUUCUUGCCUGCUGAACAACAAUGGAUGGUUUUAGAAUCUGAAUUUGCCGGAGAGCCACUUGCCAAUGUACGAUUCAACACUUGUCGUGAAGCCCGUUCUGUGAUUGAACAGAUAGCAUUAUCCUUGGCUGCCGCCGAGUCUGCUCUUCAAUUUGAACAUCGGGACCUACACUGGCACAAUGUAUUGGUUCGACCUACCCGACAAUGGAAACUACGUUAUCGUGUUGGGGGAGUGAGUUAUGCCGUUCUCACUGAAGGGAUACAAGUUACAAUAAUUGAUUUCACAGUAUCCCGUCUUUGUCAUGAAGGCAACAUUGUCUACGUUGAUUUGUCGGAGUCGCCUGAAAUUUUCGAGUGUGAAGGGGAUUAUCAAUUUGACAUUUACCGCAUAAUGCGCGAAAACAAUCGAAAUGAUUGGCGUCCCUUUCACCCAAGUUCCAAUCUCUAUUGGCUUCACUAUCUCAUGGGGAAACUUUUAAAUGAAACAUCUUAUCCUAGGCGUGAUCCCGAUUCACAACCCGUGGAAUCUGAACUACGUGCACUGUAUGACAUGAUAUUAGCGGGUGGCUACAAGUCCGCCACACAGCUUGUUAGCUCAAGUUUCUACUUCGACACCUGUCGAAUCGGUUAACAAUGACUUGGUGAACCUCUCAAAGCGUCAGAGAUUGCCCCUAUUUCGUUCUCUUCUGGUUCAUCUAAUCUUCCAUAUAAAACCCCUUAUUUGUUUUUGUUUUGAUGUGUAAAGUAGAACUCUUUUUAUUUACAUUAUAAUCGUUUACAAGACGG